AUGACGCACAGCACAGCAGGUGGGAUCCGCCAUUACGAUACGAUAGUCAUAGGUGCUGGCAUAUCGGGACUGGCUACUGCAUCUCGGCUCUUCGAACAUCCGCGAUACAGAGGAAAGAAUCAGCUUCUGGUCCUUGAGGCACGAGAUCGUAUUGGCGGCCGUAUAGGUACAGCUCAUAUCAACGGCCAUCGACUGGAUACUGGAGCCAAUUGGAUACAUGGCAUAGGUACAGAACAUGAUCCCAACCCGCUGAUGAAGAUCUUGCCACACAAGAAGUUCAAGGAAUUAUCAGGCACUGUUGUAUUCAGGCCCGCUGAUGAUGCCAGCUCGCAGAACGAUGAUGACUGGGUCAAGGUAGAUUCCACGAAGUCUUUGGACGAGACAGCACUGUGGUCGGUGAUUGGCGAGGUGCAUGGGAUUGCAUCGCAAACUCCCGCCAGCGAGGCAAAACAGACCUCUAUACUACAUGCUAUUGCCACAUCGAAGGUGUUUCAAGACGCGUUUCGAGAACUGCCAAAGGACUACCACCGGGUCCUUGGAGCAAUGCCGCAAUUCGUUGAAGUUAUGGAGGCAGGACCUCUUGCGGCUCAAUCUGCGGAGCAUUCAGCAGGCCGACCAGGAUUCGGUUUGUUGGAGUAUGCCAUUGAUGAUGUCGAUGGUGACCAAGUGUUCCUGAGAGAUGGAUACAUCGCCAUUGUCAAUGAGGUAUCCCGAGAACUGUUGGAGGCCGGCAUCAUCGAUACUGGGGUUGAGGUCAAGCAGAUAGCAUGGGACAGGAAUCCAAUUCUGAUUACGACUAUUCAGGGUGAUUACAAGGCAAAGGAAGUUGUCUGUAGCCUUCCGCUCGGGCACUUUUCCAACCAUCGCUUCCCGGCCGAUAAGCAGGAAUCGAUUCGAAGCCUUGGUUUCGGCACGCUGGACAAAGUCUUCCUCGUCUACGAUAAGGCCUGGUGGGCCGAAGAGCCUUAUGCAUCCAUCAUCGCCAAAGGACUGGUUCAAGAGCCAUUCAGUGCAGAAGAAAGCACCCAACAGCCGGUCGACAUCACAACUUCUGCAUCGCCAGAUGGUUUCAUGGGCUUCACGGAUGAACUCGCUGGUAUCGAGAUACACCAAGACGGGACCACGUCGUCCGGUCUACGCUUCGUGUCCGUAAUGAACCUCCAAAAUCUCACCGGCGUCCCAGCACUAUCAGCUUUCGUGUCCUGCGCAAACGCAACACACCUCGAAGCAAUGACCGACAACCAAGCCAGCGGCAUACUGCAUCGUGCCAUGACGUCUUGGUUCGGACGUGAGCCACCGAGGCCGAAUGGUGUGCAUGUCACUCGCUGGGCGCAAGAUGAGUUCUCCAGAGGCAGCUAUAGCCACAUGAUCACAGGUCUUUCGGAGACGAGACAUCGCGAGAAUUUCCAAAUACCCGUCGUGAGCGACAGUGGGUCGAGAAUGAGGUUUGUGGGCGAACAUACGAGUAGGAAUCAUUUCGCGACUGUGCAUGGCGCUUUGCUGAGUGGAUGGCGGGAGGCGGAUGAUAUACUGAAGCACAAGGAUGUCUCGUGA